AUGUUCCGGAGUAAAAUACGGAUACACACAUGCCGUAUUAUAUUGAUCACAUCAUUAGUAUGGCUCUUAGUAGAUGUAAUGUUGCUGGCUAUGUACUCCGACUGUUUCGGUGACGGCUGGGACUGCAGUAAAAAAUCUUCGGACAAUGUUAUUGAGAUUAAAGAAGAAUACAGGGGAAAGAAAGCAGCACUAGCAGCAGCAUUACAAAAAAAUCAGAUAGAUGAUGAUGACACCAAUUUAGAACAAAAUGAACUGGGACAAGAUGAGAUAGGAGAAGACGGCAUAUCACUUGCAGCAUAUCCAGCAUCACGGCUUAAGAGGUGGGAUCCAGCACCUGUUGUCAAACCAAUAGGAAAUGCAUUAGGAGAGAUGGGUAAGGCGGUGAACAUACCAAUUGAGGAAGAAAAGCUGAUGUUAGACAAAUUCCAAGAAAACCAGUUCAACUUGCUAGCUAGCGACAGGAUCUCAGUGAACAGAUCUCUAACGGACGUCAGAUUUGAAAAGUGCAAAACCAAAAAAUAUCCAGAGUUACUGCCUACGACGAGUGUGGUGAUAGUGUUUCACAAUGAAGCAUGGACGACUCUCAUACGUACAAUAUGGAGUACGAUCAACCGUUCGCCUCGCCCACUCCUCAAAGAGAUCAUACUUGUGGAUGACGCCAGUGAAAAGGAACAUCUUGGCCAGAAACUCGUAGACUACAUAAAGACAUUACCAGUGCCUACACAUUUGUUCCGUACGGAGAACAGAUCCGGCCUUAUUCGAGCUCGUCUACUUGGCGCCAAGCACGUCAAGGGUGACGUCAUCACCUUUCUUGAUGCACAUUGCGAAUGCACAGAGGGCUGGUUAGAACCUCUUCUAGCAAGAAUAGUAGAAGACAGAACGACGGUGGUGUGUCCUAUAAUUGACGUGAUAUCGGACACUACGUUCGAGUACAUUCAAGCGUCGGAUAUGACGUGGGGUGGCUUCAACUGGAAACUUAACUUUAGAUGGUAUCGCGUCCCAGAACGUGAGAUGGAGCGACGGGGCGGCGAUCGCACUUCGCCUCUUCGCACUCCGACAAUGGCUGGUGGACUAUUUGCUAUUGAUAAGGAUUAUUUCUACAAAAUUGGAUCCUACGAUCAGGGCAUGGACAUUUGGGGCGGAGAGAACCUCGAGAUGAGCUUCAGGGUAUGGCAGUGUGGAGGGAUCCUGGAGAUCGUGCCGUGCUCCCACGUUGGGCACGUGUUCCGCGACAAGUCGCCGUACUCCUUCCCCGGCGGAGUACAGAAUGUCGUCCUUCACAAUGCUGCACGUGUCGCCGAAGUCUGGAUGGACGAGUGGGGAGAGUUCUAUUACGCCAUGAAUCCAGGAGCACUGAAUGUACCUGUUGGUGACGUCAGUGAGCGUCGGGCGCUGAGAGAACGACUUAAGUGCAAAAGCUUCCGUUGGUACCUCGAGAACAUCUACCCGGAGAGUCAGAUGCCGCUCGACUACUACUAUUUAGGAGAGAUACGUAAUGCCGAGACGUCUAACUGUUUGGACACCCUCGGUGGCAAAGCUGGGCAACCCCUUGGUAUGGGAUAUUGCCAUGGGAUGGGUGGCAACCAGGUGUUCGCGUACACAAAGCGGAAGCAAAUAAUGUCUGACGACAACUGCUUAGAUGCAGCCAGCGGCCGUGGCCCCAUUAAACUCAUCCGCUGUCACGGCAUGCGCGGCAACCAGGAGUGGACUUACGACACUAAGUUAAGAACAAUAAAGCAUACGAACACACGCAUGUGCCUAGAAAAGCCAGAAUCGUCGACUUCAAGUGGCAGGCGCGCCGCGCCCGCGAGCAGAACAGCUAGUGUUCGCACACCGCUGGAACGACAACAAUUGACCAUACCAGUCUUCCCUUCUCGUUAG